AUGGGUAUUCUGAAAGCUGUUCGAGUUCACGGAAAAGGGAGUGGUAAAGAAGUGACGCUUAAUAUACAAGGUGAACGCAUCUGUGGUAGUGGGCGAUUCUCAAACGUAUAUCUGGCAGAUUUGGUGGAACCUGAAAAAAGAAAAGUUGCUAUAAAAAAUUCAUGGGAACCAAAAAAUGUCAUGGCAUCAAAGACUCAGCCUUUUCCUGAAAUCGAAGUUCUUUCUAGUAUACCACCACAUCAAAACAUAGUAGCUCUUCUGUAUCAUUUUACAAGAAGAAUUGAUCAUCAGGUCAUCCACUGUCUAGUAUUGGAUUAUUUACCUGAUGAUGUACAACGGCUGAGAGAAAAAGGAAUCAAAUUUGAUUCACUGGACGCCAAACUUUAUUCGUACGAACUUUUUUCGGCGGUUAACUUUCUCCAUAAAUGGAAGGUCAUUCAUUUGGAUAUCAAACCUUCAAAUCUUGUUCUAGACCACGGCGAAGGCCAGCUCAAACUAGCUGAUUUUGGAAAUGCAGUUCAGUUCGGCACUAUAGGAUCGACUUCGUACCAGGUAACUAGAUACUAUCGCCCUCCGGAACUGCUCUUUGGAAGCACGGUGCUGACACCAGCAAUAGAUGUUUGGUCUUCUGCUUGCGUGUUGUAUGAUUUUAUCACUGCCAGACCCCUGUUCAAAGGAAGAAGCUCUGAAGACCAGGUAAAGUUGAUAGUUGACGUUUUGGGAUAUCCAAGCUAUGAGGAAAUCAAAGCAAUGCAGUGCAGCAGACCACGAGUACACAGAUGUUCAGCUAGGGGACUCGCAAAAUAUGUUGGUGCCGGCUUCGACGAAAACGCCCUCUCGCUAUUGCAAGAAGUACUUGUGUACGAACCAAAAAAGCGGAAAACUGCUGCUCAAGUAAUGAGGCAUCACUACUUCAAUGAUUUGAAGAAGAUGCCACCACCGAUUCGAAGCAAUAACAAGCCUAUACCACAGUUAGAGAUGGAACAAUGGCAUGUGCGCUCCCAUGAACUUGACGAGGAUGACGAGUCUUCAUGA